UUUAUAAUGUAAAAUGAUACACAAAAUACGCUUUUAAAGAAUAUUUUUUCAUCGUAAAAUUUAAACCUUUUACAGUAGGAGCUGUCUGCCUGAGUCUAUAAAUGAUAGAUGGUAUUUUAAAUAGUCACUGUACCCCUUUUCUCAUUAUCAAUCAGCUGAUCUUUACCAGUGGUCAGGCUCCUCUCUAUGGGACUAUGUUAAUCUACAUCAAAUGGAAGUAGUCAAAGUGAAGGCGCAUCCUCUGAUUGGCUGCCUUUGUUCUUUCAAAUCGAGGUGUCCUCUCCCCUUUAUUGGCCCCAACUGACCUCCCUGUGGGUAGUAAUGCUACUGCUGCUUCUGCUGCUGCAUGGACUUUGGAGCUGCUGGCGUAAUGAUGGAGUUAUAAUCUGAGAAAAGAUAAAACAAAAAUAACAAAAAAAAGAUGGCACAGGCCUGUCAGAGGCAUGACAAAGCACACAGGCUGAGGGAGGAGGUGAGCUGCAUGCUGAUCGGUGAUGGAGCCGUGGGCAAGACCAGCAUGAUCAUCAGCUACAUCUUCAAUGGAUACAACAGCGAGUACAGACAAACAGCUUUCGAUGUUUUCACCGGUUUGGUCCAUGUGAAUGGCGUUCCAACUCGGGUCAAGCUGAUAGACACUGCAGGACAGGAGGAGUUUGGCCAUCUCCGCUCUCUCUGCUAUGCCCAUGUGGACGUCUUCAUCCUCUGCUUCAGCCUGGUCAACCCAGCCUCCUUCGAGAACGUCACCUCCAAAUGGAUCCCACAGAUCCGCGCUGGAAACCAAACCUCUCCCAUCCUUCUGGUCGGGACUCAGUCAGACCUCCGCCACGACGUGGAUGUCCUCAUCCAUCUGGACCAGCGGAGCACCAAACCAGUGCACUUCAGCCAGGCCAGGAGGCUGGCACACAGGAUCAGAGCUCAUGGCUACGUGGAGUGCUCGGCUCUGACACAGCACAACCUCAAAGACGUGUUCGACCGGGCUAUAUUUGCUGCCAUCAAGCACAAACACGCUGGCACUAACUGUAAAAAGCUCAGCCUGCUUAAGCGUUUGAAGACUUUUUGUGAUUGUGGAUGGAGGAAAAUCAUCAGGUUCAUCUGAUGUGGAGUUAAAAGAUGGAUUGAUUGUGUUCAGGCUGGUGGACUCGGACUAUUCAGGGAUUUUCAGGACAAAUGUUGCAUUUUUAUUGUGCAUUGCACUAAAACAAGAUCAUUUAACUUGACCGAAAAACCUGAUUU